AUGCACGCCGAGCAUCGAGGGCGCACCGGGAAAUGCCCCAUUUCCAACCACAAAGUUGACUACGGCUACAGCAAACUGAUUCCCGGAGUCCGAAUCUCCAUGGAGAAGAACAACAGCCUGACCGAGUGCCCCAUGGAGUUUGAGAUUGUCCAAGAAUUUGCCGUCGCUGAAAAGAUCACCCUUGGCUACGUCAAGCUCAAUCUAGCCGAGUACGUGGAAGAGAGCGAGUCAUUCAGCCGUGAAGCAGGGUCGCCGCCUCGAAAACGCAGCAGCAUCGGCGUCAGCCCGACUCCCGCUGAUGGCGGCGCCAGGCCUGAAAAUCGCAUCGUGGAGGAGGGCAUCGUGAGGAGAUAUCUCAUGUCAGACAGCAAGAUCAACAGCACGCUCAAGAUUGGCAUCCUCAUGGUACAAGUAGACGGAGAGCGCAACUUUGUCGCGCCAGCACUGAAAACCGCCCCCGUGUUUGGCGGCAUCGCAGGAUUAGUAGCACCCGAAGCUGAGGAUGACACAUCACCGAUGCCCAGUAUUUCAAAGCCCAGGGAUGCAGCCGAGGUGCACGACCUCUACCGCCGGACCCUCGCGGCCUCCUGGUCCCGGCAGCCUAAUGAGCUACCGGCCGACGAGUGCAUCGAGGACAUCUUCUCCGGCGGCAACGGCUGGGGCACCAAGAAGGAGGCGCACGACAAUCACAACAGCGACGAGGGUGAGGCGGAGCCCUUGGCCGGCACCCUUCGGCCCAGCGACUUCCGCCGAUACGCCAACCACCACAACAGCCAUGACGGGAGCCACGGCCGGCAUAGCCGCGACAAGAGCGCGUCUAGCGACAGGAGCGUGUCCACCGUCACCGGAGGGUCCGGCGGCAACGGCACCGGGGGCCACAGGCGCGGAGGCCGGUUCGUCAACGAGGAUGGUAGGGAUGCCCGCGACGACGACCUCGGCAGCAGCAGGAGUGGCAGCAUGGGCAGUCUGGCGCCGACACUGGGCAGCAGUAGUGAUGGCGGGAGAGGCGAGCCCGCCAUGAGGAGGGCCAGGGAGGUGGACGAGUUUGAGGUGAGGGAGGACUUGGUAGCGUGGAAGUUGCCCGGCAGCGUGGAAGCUUGA